AUGGAGUUGAAAAACGAACUUCAGAACAUGUGGAAACCGGAGAGCAAAUGGCAACUUAUACCUAUGAGUAAGGGUUUCUACACUAUCAAAUUUACUACUGCGGAAGAUAAAAACUGUGCUAAGCGAUCCAACAUGUGGAACUUGAACUCGGGCACUAUGCGGCUACGUGAAUGGGUGAGAAAUUUUGACCCUUAUAAAGAAAUCUCCUCACUAUGCCAAGUGUGGGUGCGUAUUUAUUACUUACCUGUGGAGUAUUGGACGAAGGAGAUUAUCUCGAGUAUUGGACGCUCGGUGGGUAUGCCGAUAAAAGUUGAUGGGGCCACUGUUGACGGAGAUUUCGCUCAUUUUGCAAGAGUUUUGGUGGAGGUGGAUUUAGCUUUGCCGUUGCCGGAAUCGGCUGCUAUUGAGUGCCCAGACAGAACUUUUCAUUGCAAAAAGAAGAACUCAAACACCAAAGGAAAGGGGCCAGAAGUGGACCGUAAUAAAGAAGUAGAGGGGGUAUCCAAAGAUGCCGCUAAGGACGCUGAGAAGAAUAGCGGGGCGGAGUUUAGUGUGGUGAAGUCGAAAUCUACUUGGGCUGCUAAGCCUAUGGUGGAGAGGGAUGAUAGGGGCAAGGUGGAAAGUGUUAACAGAUUCAAUGCUUUGUCCAAUAUGAUAGAGAAUGUGGAGGAGAUGUCGGGGCCUGAUUUGUUGGAGGCGGUCACUAUUCCGGUGACAGAAAAGAAUGUCGAUGCUGGCAGAAAUGUGGACUCGGAGGAAGAAGAUGUGGAACAGAUUGAGGCAGAAUCCAUUCCUAUUCCGACACAAAAUGUCGAGAUUGUUGACAUGGCUUUUGAUAAACAACAGAACAGUAAAUCUUCUGUUGAGGUGCAGGAGAGGGAGGCAGUCGAAACUACUAAAGGCUUGGAUCAUCGUGAUAAUAGAGAUGAAGUUAAGGAGAAACAGCCGAUGCAACCAGCUAAGAAAAGAGGACGUCCUCCUGGUCAAGUUAAUAAGGAGACAAGAAUAAUACCAGGUGCGGAUAGUAUUAAAGGGAGGUUACGUAAGGCUUCCGACUCAAGAUGUGACCCCAAUCCGGAGGCAGUUGAGUGUAUCAAAGAAAAGCUGUAUAAAGCUUGGGAAGAAUGUGGAAAUCCUAGAGAUUUCGUUAUCACUAAUAAUAGUUCUGAGAGUGCUCGAGUUAUGUCCAAGAUUGGGGCAAAGAGUUGGGCAGAGGAAGUGGAAAUGGGCAUCAUUGAGCCUAAAGUUGCGUUUCUUAAAACGCCUAUUGGGUUGUGGAAGUCUCUUAAUGUGGUGAUUGUUGAUUAUCUUUGGAGAAGUCGUCAGUUUCGAGUUGCGAUUGUUCAUGGCUCGUCCUCUCAUCUGGAAAGGCGUUCUAUUUGGAUUGAUAUUUUACCUCAUGUUGCCAGCUGCUACGUUGUUAUGGGAGAUUUUAAUGCGGUGAAAGGGGCUCAUGAAAGAAGCAGUAAUUGUCGACUGAAUGCUGCUUCUUGUGGGGAGUUCUGUGAGUUUAUUGAUGCUCUUGGCUGUAUCGAAUCUCCCACGGUGGGUUUGAAAUUUACUUGGUCUGGACGAAGGUUUAUGCCGUCACAUGUUGAGUCUUUGUUAGACAAGGUUUUCUUUUCUGAUCUUUUCGCUGCAGGGUGGCAUUCGGUUUUUACUCAGGUCUUGCCCAGAGUCACGUCCGAUCAUUCUCCGAUUAUCCUCAAUUGUCAGUUGGCUCCUAUUGUGACACGACAGUUUUUUAGAUUCUUCGAUAUAUGGACUCUUCAUCCGAACUUUAUGGCGUUGGUGAAAGAAUCAUGGUCGAGGGAUAUUGAUACCUCUUGUCCUAUUUACAGGGUGAUGGCUAAGCUGAAAAGAUUGAAAAAAGACCUUCGUGUUUGGAACAAAAACACUUUUGGUAAUGUGGAUAAGCUUAUUAUGGAAAAGCAACAAGAGCUUUUGGAGAUCCAAGAUUGUAUUGCGGUGGAGGGGUACACUGAAGAGUUGUUUGAGAAGGAAGUGACUGCUCAAGCCAAUAUUAAUAUGGCUCUUUCUAGAAAAAAUAAGUUAUUACACCAGAAAAGUAGGGUGACUUGGCUGCAGGAUGGGGAUCGGAAUUCGGCCUUCUUUCAUAGCAUGCUUAAAUACAAAAGAAGGCCUCAUAUUAUCUCGCAUCUGGUGAUUGAUGGCGAGACUUGCGUUGAUCAAGGGGCUAUUGGCAAUCAUAUUGUGGGGUUCUUUACGUCCUUAUUCACUGAGCCUGAUCCUUCUUCAGUGGAUAUUGUUAAUGUGGAGGCUGUCAUGGACCAUAUCAUUCCUGACCACGCUAACGAUUUACUGUCAAGAAUCCCUAGGGAGGAGGAGAUAACUGCUGCUGUGUUUCAGAUGGACUCUCAUAGUUCGCCGGGACCGGAUGGUUUUUCUGGAAAAUUUUAUCAUUCAUGUUGGGAUAUCAUCAAGACGGACAUUUGGAGAGCGGUCAUCACCUUCUUUACCAAUUCUUAUCUUCCGAAUGGGUGUAAUUCUAAUACGCUCAUCCUUAUUCCUAAGAAAGAGACGGUUUCCACGGUUGCAGACUUGCGUCCCAUUGUGUUUUCGAAUUUUCUUUUUAAAAUUAUUUCAAAGGUGCUUGUUGUGAGAUUGAGCACGGUGGCGGCUCAGGUUGUUUCUAACAACCAAUUUGGCUUCAUUUCUGGUAGAUCGAUACAUGAUUGUAUCAUGUUGGGUUCGGAGGGUUUUAAUUGCUUAAGGAGGUCUUGUGGUGGUCAGAACAUGGCUUGCAAAGUGGAUAUCACUAAGGCCUUCGAUACGCUCAGAUGGGAUUUCUUGAUUAAUGUGAUGAAAGUUUGUGGGUAUAAUCAUCGCUUUAUUAGAUGGAUUGAGUCGGGCCAUUUGAUCCCUAUGCAGUUUUGCAGAGGAACUUUGUUUCCUACGCAUCUUCUUUAUGCUGACGAUAUCCUGAUUUUUUGCAAGGCGACGCAGUCGAAUGCUAGAACUUUACACAAAAUCCUGGAUUUUUAUGGUUUUAUAUCGGGUCAGGUUUUCAGUCCUGAAAAAUCACAUCUCUACUUCUCUGAGAAAGUCGCCUCGCCUGUUAAAAGACAGAUCACUCGGAUUUUGCCUAUUUCGGAGGGUUCUUUGCCGUUUACUUACUUGGGGGUACCUAUUUUUAGAGGCAAGCCGAAGGCCUCUCAUCUCCGAGCUAUUCUUGAUCGUAUCAUUAAUAAAUUUGCUCGUUGGAAAGGUGUUUAG